AUGAGCAAAACGACCACGGCUGCAGGCCGCAUCUACCUCAACGGCGUGGAUGAAGAACAGGCGGAUGGGAAGCUGAAUUGGGAUCUGAGUGCCUGGGAGCCGAAGAGUCUAACUGGGGUACCCCGGAGAGAACCAUCGACGAGCUCGGCCAAGCUGGAGGGUGGUAGCUCUCGCACCGGCGAGCCUCCCCAACGGUCACCCGCGCGGUCUCCGGGGAGGCCGCCUGGAAAGGCUCCCAGCGGUUCGUUCGGCGAGACGGGCGAGAGUCGCAGUAGUCGGUUCGUGGAAGAGAUGGCGACGGAUAUCAACGCUGCGUCCGCCCCUCCUCCCGCAGAAUCGAGCACGGGGAGAAGGAGUAACAGCGUGGGCAGUAGUGUGCCGCCUGCGAUGGUGAACCCGGCCACUGUACCUAUUCGUACGAGCUCGAAGGGCAUGAACGGGGAGGCGUCGACGAGUCCGAAGCAAAGCAAGAGUCCGAGGAAACAUCGGAGUAUGGCGAGUGUGCCGGAAGAACAGAGGAGAGGGUACCCGGAGGUGGAUGAGCGGAAUUGGUUGGCGCAGGGCAAGAAUGGCGGUGGGAGGAAUGGGAACGGGCAUACGCCUACGACAAGCCAGUCGAAUACACAUGGCAGCUCGUCGGCGGCGAUUGGGAGUGACAACAUGUUAAGGGGGGUGGGUGCGGAUCUGGUCUCAGGCAUGUCUUCGGAAUGGAGCACAGAAAAGGAGAAUAUCCUCAAAGGCCCCUUUGACUACCUCGAGUCGCAUCCGGGGAAAGACAUCCGCACGACGCUCAUAGCCGCCUUUAACAACUGGCUGCAAGUCCCCUCCUCCUCCCUCCGCAUCAUCACCGGCGUGGUCACCAUGCUGCACACCGCCUCCCUCCUCAUCGACGACGUCGAAGACUCCGCGCAGCUCCGCCGGGGCGUGCCCGUCGCCCACCAGAUCUUCGGCACUGCGCAAACAAUCAACAGCGCCAACUACGUCUACUUCUGCGCCCUCCAAGAACUGCUCAAACUCAACAACCCCGAAGCCAUCCGCAUCUACACCGAUGAGCUCCUCAACCUCCACCGCGGACAAGGCAUGGACCUCUUCUGGCGCGACACCCUGACCUGCCCGUCCGAAGACGACUACCUCGAAAUGGUCGGCAACAAAACCGGCGGCCUCUUCCGCCUCGCCAUCAAACUCAUGUGCGCCGAGUCCCCCACGCACAACUUCAACCCUUCCACCUCGCAAAACCAAAACCCCACGCCCACCGACUACAUCCCGCUGGUAAACACCAUCGGCCUCUUAUUCCAGAUCCUCGACGACUACCGCAACCUCUCCGACCCGGCCUAUACGUCCAACAAAGGCCUGUGCGAAGACCUGACCGAGGGCAAAUUCUCCUUCCCCAUCAUCCACGCCAUCCGCGCCGACCCGCACAAUUUGGUGCUGAUCAACAUCUUAAAGCAAAAAACGCAGGACGAUGAGGUGAAGCGGUACGCCGUGAGUUAUAUGGAGCGCAUGGGCAGUUUUGGGUAUACGCGGAGGGUGCUGAGGGGGCUGACGAAGAAGGCGGUUGGGUUGGUGGAGGAGGUGGAUGGUGGGAGGGGGUGUGGGGGCGGGAUUGUGGAGGUGUUGGAGAGGAUGAGGGUGGAGAGGAAGGAGGAGGUGGGGGGGAAGGAUGGGGGAAGGAGGGAGGGGAGGGGUUCGUGA